AUGAAACAUUUUCUAGUUUCUCUGUGUCUACUGGAAUCUCUUCUUCAUGCCUUGACUCAAUGCAUUGUCCCAGGCUCAGAGUUCCACCUGGAAGGAGAUUAUUUGAUAGGUGGACUUUUUAAUGUUCAUCAAGUCAGUAGUCCUAUUUAUCACUACAGACCAGAAGCCAUCGACUGCUCCAGUCAACCAUUCAUUCUGUCAAAUUACCGAAAAUUUCAGUUGAUGAGAUUCACUGUGGAGGAAAUCAAUAACUCUACCAAACUUCUGCCAAAUGUAUCUCUAGGCUAUGAGAUAUUUGACCACUGCUCAGAAACACAGAAUUUUCCAGGUAUUUUAAACCUCAUCUCAAUCAACAGCUUGAUCCAACACUCACCCAAGAAUCUGUCCAAAGUUAUAUCAGUGGUCGGCCCUUUCACAAGCCCUGAAUCCAUGACUAUAGCCCCACUCCUCAUGGUGGAUCUCAUUCCUAUGGUCAGUUAUGGAGCUGGUGUCUCUGCCCUUUCAGAAAAAGUGAAAUUUCCCUCUUUCCUGCGGACAGCACUUCCCAAUAAAGACAUUAUAGAAGUAGUUGUUAAAAUUCUGCAACACUUCAAAUGGCACUGGGUUGCAUUCCUUCAUAUUGAUAAUGAUUACGGCAAUGAUGCCUUGGAAUUGUUCAUGAAGAGGAUUACGGAUACUGAGGUCUGUCUUGCAUACACCACAGGCCUCAACGAUGAUACAAAUUAUGCCCUGACUUUUAAACAGAUAGAAGCACAGAGGGCACAUGUCAUAAUUGUUUUUGCUCCUGAAUGGUCUGCCGAAGCUCUCAUUGAGUCAGCAAUAGAACUUAAUGUCACAAACAAGGUGUGGAUAGCAGAUGAUGCGUGGUCAUUAAACAAGAAGCUCCCAAAAAAUAAAGGAAUCAAAAACAUCGGAACUGUACUUGGGGUUGCUGAGCCAAUAAUGACAAUACCUGGAUUCAGGGAUUUUAUGUUUUCUUCUAAAAACCAGACUCAGUGUGAAAAUGCAGAACAAGAGAGGUUUUGUAAUCAGAUUUGUGACUGCAGCAGCCUGAAUCCAGAAGAUGUAAUUGCUGCAGACCCAUCUUUCUCUUUUUCUGUUUAUUCUGCUGUGUAUGCCAUCGCUCAUGCCUUACACAAUGUCUUGCAAUGUGGAGCUGGAAGAUGUAAUGGCAAUAUUACAGUCUACCCAUACAUGGUCCUAGCAGAGCUGAAGAAGUCAAACUUUCCACUUUUACAUGAGAAUAUUCAGUUUGAUAAGAAUGGUGACCCCAAAUUUGGAUUCCAUCCUAUAAUUUUUUGGAACCACAGUGGUGAUGCAGAGGAGAUUGGCUUCACUAAAUUUUACCCAUCCUUUGAUUUCUUCAUCAACACCAGCAAAAUUCAAUGGUUCACAAAGGGAGCAGUGCCCACUUCACUAUGUUCCCCAGAUUGUCGUGUGGGAUAUGCAAAAACGCAAAAUGGAAUCCACAAAUGUUGCUUCACUUGUGAAAUAUGUCCAAAGGGAACUUACAUCAACAGUACAGAAGAUGCCUACAAUUGCAUCAAAUGUAAGGAGACAGAGUGGUCCACACCAGGAAGUACUUCAUGUCAUCUGCGGGUGGUGGAGUAUGUCCCAUUCACAGACCGAGGGGCUAUACUGAUUAUGAUUGGGGUCUGCAUCCUGGUGGGCCUCGCACUAGCCACGUCUGUUCUCUUUGCCAUCAACUACAACACACCUGUGGUCAGAUCUGCCGGGGGACCAAUGUGCUUCCUUAUUUUAGGCUGCAUCAGUCUGUGUAAUGUUAGUGUAUUCUUUUUCUUUGGUAAGCCAACCAUUCCCUUUUGUAUCCUAAGGUUCCUACCAUUUUUUUUGUUCUAUGCUGUCUGUCUCGCAUGUUUUGUAGUGCGUUCUUUUCAAAUUGUUUGCAUUUUCAAAAUGGCUGCCAAGUUCCCCAAGCUCCACAGCUGGUGGAUGAAAUAUCAUGGACAAUGGCUGGUCAUCACAGUGGCAUUUGUUUCUCAGGCACUCUUUAUUUUUAUUGGGUUUUCUCAAGAAAUCCCCAAGCCCUACAAUGACACAUUUUGGUAUCCAGACAAAAUCAUACUUGGCUGUGACACCAAUCUCUCGGCAUUCUCUGGUUCUGUGAUUUUACUUGCAUUUUUGUCUGCCCUUUGUUUCAUCUUCUCCUACAUGGGAAAAGACCUCCCAAAAAAUUACAAUGAGGCCAAAGCGAUAACCUUCUGUCUGCUUCUGCUGAUCCUCACUUGGAUCAUCUAUGCCACUGCAGCUAUACUUUACCAUGGACCGUACAUCCAUACUGUUAACGCGUUUGCAGUACUCUCCAGUCUUUACUCCUUUAUGUUGUGGUAUUUCCUCCCAAAAUGUUACAUCAUCAUUUUUCAACCCCAAAGAAACACACAGCAGUACUUCCAAGGUCUCAUUCAGAAUUACACCAAAACAAUUAGCCAGUAG